UUAUUUGACUGUCUCAUCUUAAACAAGUAGAAACAGAUAUUUUCCACAAUCAUCUGUUUAUCAGAAAGAUAUGCUUAUCAUUUCGAAAUGAAGUGAAGGAAAGCUGCUCGUCUUUAUAAAGAGCACUGGAAAUUCGUUGAAAUGAACCAACGAUUGAUUCGCGUAAAUCGUAUAAAUCGCAUCAAGUGAGAUCCUACAUAAACUGAAGCAUAUUUAUAGUAUCGUUGUGGUAAUGUACGGAAACGUUUAGUAAGAAUUGCGCGAAUAUAGUUUGUGGACAUGAUUGAGUUUAGAUUUGUUAUUUUACUUCUACAUUGCAUCGUCUUUUCCGAUUCUUACAAUAUAUUGGCUGUAUUUCCUCAUGAAGGCAAAAGUCAUCAAUGGAUAUUUGCUCCAAUCGUCAGAGAACUGGUCAAGAGGGGUCAUACUGUCACAGCAUUAGUUCAUUACACAUUCAACAUCGAGUCUAAUGGAUACCACGAAAUAUCACUGAAGGAUCCUAAUGCUCGUGGCUUAGAAAUCUUCGAAUUAGACGAAUCGGAGAGUCCAUGGUAUUGCCAACUUCGUUCUUCUGAUCUUCUAUUCUCUGAAGGUUUACAAUCUUGUGAGGUCACCUUUUCCAACUCCAAAGUAAUAGAAUUAUUGAAGUCGAACCAGAAGUUUGAUCUGGUCUUAGCUGAAGUUUUCAACAGCGAGUGUUCCCAAGGAUUUGCCCUAAGAUUCAAAGCACCUUUAGUUGCAAUUUCAACCACUACUUUGAUGCCAUGGCAUAAUUCGCGGUUUGCUAAUCCAGAUAAUCCUGCCUACAUACCAAACAACCAUAUUUGGUUCGAUAACAAAAUGAGUUUUUCGCAGAGAGUUGUGAACUUUUUGGGUACUUUAUAUGCGAAAAUUGUGUACCAAGUGUUUUUUGAUUCCAACAGGAUACUCCUUGAGAAACACAUAGGGCGGGAGAUAUCAGAUCUAGAUGCUUUGAUACGAAAUACGAAUCUGAUAUUGGUGAAUUCUCAUUGGACAUUGACUUUUUCAAGACCAUUAGUGCCAGCAGUGGUUGAAAUUGGGGGAAUACAUGUACAAAAAUCGAAAAAACUUCCUGAGAACAUAGAGAAGUUCAUAAACGAAUCCAAGCAUGGAGUUAUCUACUUCAGUUUGGGAUCUAUGAUCAAAGGACACACUUUCCCACAAGAGAAGAAGGACGCUUUCCUUAAGGCUUUCGCUCGUCUUCCACAAAGAGUGCUGUGGAAAUGGGAAAACGAGACUAUGCCUGGAAAACCCGAUAAUGUGAUGAUCCAGAAAUGGAUGCCCCAAUUCGAUAUUUUAUCACAUCCCAACGUUAAAGCAUUCAUCUCCCAUGGAGGUCUUUUGGGAACCACUGAAGCUGUUCACUGUGGUGUUCCAAUGAUGGUUAUGCCUCAAUAUGGCGACCAAUACACAAAUGCAAAAGCAGUUGAGGCUAAUGGAGGUGGUGUUAUACUUUAUUUGAAAGACGCUACGGAAGAAAAGGUUUACAACAACUUGAAGACUAUCUUAGACCCUGAAUUCAGGGCCAAAGCUAAAGCACUGUCAGAACGUUUCAGAGACAGGCCGAUGUCUCCUAUGGAUACUGCAAUAUACUGGGUGGAAUAUGUAGCAAGACAUAAAGGUGCUCCUCAUAUGAAAACUGCAGCUGUAGACAUGCCCCUAUAUCAAUAUUUGCUGUUGGAUGUCUUGGCUUUUCUUGGACUCAUCUUACUUGUUUUCUCUUACAUAAGUUACAAAAUUCUGAGUCUGGUUUUGAGAUCAGUAUUCUCGAAGAAAAAAGUGAAACAAAACUGAUGAUUGAACAUUUGUUAUUCGAUAUGGUCAACUGCAAAUUUUAUUGUAGUUCAAUAUAUCAACAUUGUGAUAACUAAUUAAUUGAAAAUAUUAUCUUUUUGAAAGGUUUAUUCUGUUCCCAUUCGGAAAUCAUGAAAAUUUCUGGAAAUGUCUUUAUGAAAAAUAGGUACUGAGAUUAAAAGUAGUCUUUCGAAGACGAUUCAAUAAAUUAUCUAA